GAGCUCCUUCUGCUGCUGCUGCUGCUGCAGGACUGAUGUGCCAAUAGCCUGGAUUCUCCAAACCUCGGUGCUUGUGACGCCAAGGACACCGAGAGAUGAAGGCAAAUUGAGGUCCUACUAAAGCUGGCUGAAGCUAGAUUGCUGCCUGAGCCCUUCUCCGAACAGAUCACGAAAGUCCGUCUUACCUGCCCACCAACUAGCCAGCUUGCCCACCUCCCAGCCGCCUUGCCUGCCUGCCUGCCUGCCUAUCUGCCUUUCACUACUGCUUGCUGCCCUCCCCAGGCUUAGGGUAGGCUGUAGAAGACGGCGCGCCAGGCUCGACAACGCUGGAACCAACCUUCAAGAUCAGCAGCAAUGCGUUGGAGAAGCAUGCUGCUGGCAGCCAUCACCCUCACCUUACUCAGCAUCUUCCUGGUCAUUUGGAUGUUAACCUGGAACUGGUCUGUCCAUUACCUCCCAUAUUACCUUCCCUGCCCAGAAGCCUUUUCCAUGAAGUUGCCAGCCACAGAAGAAAAGAAAUUUCGACCUUUUCCCCAAUUACUCUAUCCUCAGCCCAAGUUGUUAGAGCAGCAACGCAAAGAUGUGCUGACGCUUACACCCUGGUUGGCUCCAAUUGUCUCUGAAGGAACGUUCAACUCAGAGCUCCUGAAUAAUGCCUAUCGACCCCUGAAUCUCACCAUCGGGGUCACAGCAUUUGCCGUUGGGAAAUAUACAAGAUUUGUCCGCCGUUUCCUGGAGUCGGCUGAAGAAUUCUUCAUGCAAGGUUUCCAGGUGAAUUAUUAUAUCUUCACUGAUGACCCAGAGGCAAUACCCCACGUUCCUCUGGGGCCUGGCAGAAACCUCUCAGUCAUCCCCAUCCAGGGCUUUUCUCACUGGGAGGAAAUUUCCAUGCGUAGAAUGGAGUCGAUCAACAAAUUCAUUGCCUCCAGGGGCCACCGGGAGGUAGACUAUCUCUACUGUCUUGAUAUAGACAUGGUGUUCUGGAAUCCUUGGGGUGCGGAGACUUUAGGGGACCUGGUAGCUGCCAUUCACCCCGGCUAUUUUACUGUUCCCCGGUGGCAAUUCCCUUAUGAACGGAGGCCCCUAUCCGCAGCUUUUGUUGCUGAUGGUGAGGGAGACUUCUACUAUGGUGGAGCAGUCUUUGGUGGUCGAGUGGAAAGGGUUUAUGAGUUCACAGGGGGCUGUCACAUGGCCAUUCUGGCUGACAAGGCCAAUGGCAUCAUGGCUGCCUGGCAGGAGGAGAGUCACCUGAAUCGGCGCUUCAUUUCCCACAAACCCUCCAAGGUCCUGUCCCCUGAGUACCUCUGGGAUGACAGGAAGCCCCAGCCUCCCAGCCUGAAGCUGAUUCGUUUCUCUACACUGGACAAAGACUCCAUGAACCUGAAGGACUGAUAGAAGCUGGCUGGGGGACCUUCAGCUCUCCCCCAAGACUACUGGGAGACAGAGACAGCCAGGGCUUUUUCUGGUCACUGAGGGUAUUAAGGAUGGGACUGGAAGUAAGGAAGCCACGGAGAGAGUUUUUUAAAGGACAGACGGGUCCCAUGUAAAGGAAACUUUGUGACUUUAUACAUAGGCUGCUACCUUCAAGGUUUGUUCUCACCCAAAGCAUUCCCAUCCAUCUUAGUGUCAGUGUUUGGAAAUCCACCAUUAACACUUUUAGCAUUUCAUUAAGCAACCCACAAAAAUGGCUGAGGGGAGUGAGAACGUGCCAACAUGGAUUAGGUUAUCAAACAAUUUCCUCCUGUUACAAAUGGCCUGGACCAAGAGGAAGACACUGGUUACCUAGGAGGGAGGAGUCCUAGACAGGGAAGUUCAUAGUUUUGGUGUGAGACAUUGUUUUGUAUGAAGCUGAGCUAGAGGAACAGAACUGAGGCUAAUUCAAACUCUAGAAAUGAUGUAGUAACAAACAAAACAAACAAUGACGGGGGUUCUUGCCCUGGCUUUGGUGCUUACUACUGUUGGCUGCAGAGCAAGUUAUUAUCUCUCUGAACCUCUCAGCCUACCCACUUGUAAAAUGUGGAGAAAAGUUUCCCUGCUGACCUCACAGUGGUGUGAGGACUGAAUGUAAAUGUGAAAGUGCUUUGUGAACUGUAAAACUCUAUGUACAUGUGAAGGGUUUGAG